GCUAUUUUUGUCUCACAAAGCUCAUUAGCGUAACCGCGUGCACAGCGGACGGGUGACAGUAAAAACAUUACGACGCGCGCGUGCGAGGGAGAAGCGUGCAUUGAUCGCUCUGCGUCGGAUCGGGUCUCUGUGGGAAUAAACAGAUCAACUCGUUUGGACACCUCGAGGGAAAAACCGCGUGAAAAUGUUGACCCUGUUGUCGGCUAUGUACUUGGUGGUGCGCACGGCUUCGGCGCAGGCCGAACCCAUCCGUGUUUUGGUGACUGGCGCAGCAGGACAGAUCGCUUAUUCCCUCCUGUACAGCAUCGCUAAAGGAGAUGUGUUCGGCAAAGAUCAGCCGAUCAUCUUGGUGCUGCUCGAUAUCACUCCCAUGUUGCCCGUGCUGGACGGUGUCGUCAUGGAAUUGCAGGAUUGCGCUCUUCCGCUUCUGAGAGACGUGAUUCCCACGGAUAAGGUUGAGGUGGCCUUUAAGGAUCUCGAUGCUGCCAUCUUGGUAGGCUCUAUGCCCAGAAAAGAGGGCAUGGAGAGGAAGGACCUGCUGAAGGCUAACGUGGCCAUUUUUAAAACCCAAGGUGAAGCCCUAGAGAAGUACGCCAAGAAGACUGUCAAGGUGCUAGUUGUUGGAAAUCCAGCCAACACCAACUGUUUAAUCGCAUCCAAAUCCGCUCCCUCCAUUCCUAAAGAGAAUUUCUCCUGUCUGACCCGUCUGGACCAUAACAGGGCCCGAUCCCAGGUGGCGAUGCGCGUCGGCGUAUCCUCUGACAGCGUGAAGAACGUGAUUAUCUGGGGAAAUCACUCCUCCACUCAGUACCCAGAUGUGCACCAUGCUAAAGUGACGCAGAAUGGCAAGGAGACGGCAGCUUUUGACGCUGUGAAUGACGAAAGCUGGCUGAAGGGCGACUUUAUCACUACGGUACAGCAGAGAGGAGCAGCUGUCAUCAAAGCCAGAAAACUCUCCAGCGCCAUGUCUGCUGCCAAAGCCAUCUGUGACCACAUGAGGGACAUCUGGUUUGGUACUCCAGAUGGCGAGUGGGUGUCUAUGGGCGUCUUUUCUUCUGGUAAUUCUUAUGGAGUUCCUGAUGACCUCAUGUACUCCUUCCCUGUUAUGAUCAAGAACAAGACCUGGAAAGUGGUUGACGGACUCUCCAUCAACGAUUUUUCCCGCGGCAAGAUGGACGCCACCGCGGCAGAGCUGGUGGACGAGAGAGACACUGCGGUCACUUUCCUGGGAGCGUGACUGGAUGUUUCAAUAACACGGCAGCCAUUAGACCCCAAGUCCCCAAAUCCACGCCUGUAGAUUUCACAGCUGACCAUUUGUGCGUGUGUGGAUGCCAGUCGCUUAUUGUAUGUGUGGGUACGCGUGUGUGAUGACUUUUCAUAUGAAGGCAAAAUGUCUGCAAUGUAACUUCCUCUGAUUGGACUGUCUGGGGAAUCGCCUCCACUGGGAACAAUUAAAAUAUGUAUACGCACAAUUGUCCUGACCAAAAUAACAAUCAAUUAUCCAACAAUAAAAAAUUGUGUAAAAUGUCA